GGUGCUAAGAGGGGCAGAGGAAAGGCGACCCCAUCCCUGGUCAAAGAAGCAAGCUCCUCACAUGGAUGGAGCAUUUCCUCAAGUGACGAGGCAGAGCAGAAUGAAACAGGGCAUUCACUCGGGAAGGGGACAAAGAGGAAGAGGAGUAUUGAAGAUGACCAGAGCCCCUCCACCUCAAAAGGUGUGAAGAGGAGCAAACGGAAGGCAACAACAUCCCAGGCCAAAAUGGCAAGCUCCGCGCAUGGAUGGAGCAUCUCAUCAAGUGAGGAACUGGAGCAGAGUGAAACAGAGAGUUCACUCGGGCAGGGAACAAAGAGGAAGAGAAGCAAUGAGGAAGAUGACAGACAAAGUGAGGCCUCUGCGUCAUCUCCCAAAAAGGCCAAGCGUACAGCGGCAAAGGCUCCCCUAAAAGCAAAGCAUUCACAGCGAGUCUCCUGUCCCUACGGCAAACACUGCUACAGAAAAAACCCAGUCCAUUUCAAGGAAUACAGCCACCCUGGCAACAGCGAUUUUGAGGAGGGUGCUGACGAGCUGGACUACAGAGCCAAGGGCAGAAUGAGGUGUCCAUAUGGAACCAGCUGCUACAGAAAAAACCUUGUGCAUUUCAAGGAGUACAGUCACCCUGGCGACAGUGAUUAUGAGGAGGACAUCAAAGAUGAGAUGUAUGACAGUGACAGACCAGAGUGUCCAUAUGGGACCAGCUGCUAUAGGAAAAACCGACUGCACAAAAAACAAUUUAAACACACUAAGGAUCCAGAAGCAUAUGAUAAUUUGGAUGACGACAGCUUCACAGACGAUGAGAGCGAAUCUGUUGAUGAUAGUGACUCUGACUUUGUUCCUUCCGAGUCUGACGACAGCGAGGCGACAAAAAAAGAGAAGGUGGCUCUCCUGAGGAACUGGCCAAACCGGGAUUGAAGAUCUAUUGGAAAAUGUUACCGACCAAAUGCCACAGACCAAAUUGCAAAGCACUGCUCUGCGUUUUUACCCAGUGGAAGCAGACUUCUUUUGUGGAAAACCUAAGUGAGCGCAUGCGGGG